AUGUCUGGCCUUGAACCGAUCGCGGCGUUGUCCUUGGCAUGCAAUAUGUUGCAGGUCAUCGACGUCGCGUACAAGACAAUCCAUACCGUGAGGCAGGUGUACCAGAAUGGCGAGCUCGACUCCGGCCUUACCCAUCACGCGACGCACCUGGAAGACCUCUCCAAGCGGAUCCGGACAGCGACAAUGCCGACGACGACGACAAAGACGCCGAGUACUACUAGUAGUAGUACUGCACGCGGCGCCGCACGGGGCGCCACCCAACCAAGGCCGACCGAUCGGGACAUGCACCUGCUGGAGCUGUCGAACAGGUGUCUGAAGGCAAUAUGGGAUCUGCGGGAGGAGGUUGAGUUCUUGAAGGGUCCGGAUACAAAAUCCAAGCUCGUGGCAAUUCUGAAGACCGCGACCAAAACGGUGUGGCGGCAGAGGCGGCUCGAGAGGCUGGAAAAGGAUAUGCUGGAUGCGGAGCGAUUGCUGCAGACAGGACUCCUGACGAGGGUAUUCGAGCACGCAGAGAAGGCCGCCGGCGGCUUGGAGAAGCUCGAUUCGGGCAUGCGAUCGCUUGUGGACGAGUACCGCGCGGGUCGUUUGGAAGCGGCCGGGCUCGUGCGUGGCGAGGCUGAUCGGAUGAGGAAGAACCUCACAAGUCAGAUCAAGGGAAGCACACAAGCCGUAAAUAGGCACACGACCCAAGAAACCGCUCGAGCGGAGACUUCCCUGAAGACUCAUAUCACUCAAGCGACGGCCCAGGUCCAAAUGUCUCUGAAAACCCGCAUUUCGGCUGUUGCCAGGAGUGCGGAAGAGCGAGCGCAAGAUGCGCGGUUGGAAGCUCGCAGGGAGCGGCUCCUGCGCAGUCUCAAGUUUGAUCGCAUGAACGAGCGGAAGAAUAUGGUUGCUGAGUCGCAUCCCAAGACUUAUCAGUUGGUGCUGACAGACGGAAGCGAUGCCGGAGAACCGGCGGAUGUCACGGAAUCUUCUAAGGGCGACGCCGAUCACCGCUGGGACAGCUUCUCGGAUUGGCUACGGUCUACGGAGCCAACGUACUGGAUUAGCGGCAAACUCGGAUCAGGGAAAACGACGUUGGUCAAAUAUCCCCUGGGCCACCCCCAGACGCGAAGUUUCCUGGAGCUGUGGAGUCCUGGUGCUGUCCUCGUCUCGCACUUCUUCUGGCGACCCGGCACCCAGAUCGGUAGCAAUGCGUCGGCAAAAGAUACGGAGACGGAUUGGUCCGACCAGGAACUUCAAUCGACCCUCCUUGACGUGAUGGCACACUAUCCAAAAUCGAUGGCUUGUUUCCUGGACGGGCUCGACGAGGUGCUUCGGACGGACGGCACGCUUGCCCUUCUGAAUGUCGUCGACGCUCUGAAGCGGCCCCAGGGGCUCCAAGGGAAGGUUAAGCUGUGCCUUGGUGCUCGUCGAGAACCUCUGAUAGAGGAGAAACUCUGGGCCUGUCCACAGCUACGCCUGGAGGAUCUCAACUAUACCGACCUUCGCCGAUACGCUGAGGACACUAUUAUCAUUCCACCUCAAUACCAAAUUUCCAUCCCUCCGGGCUCGAAACUGUACGCGCGCAAUGCAGAAGGCUACCAGGUCACUUUCAGUUCCAAAAUGCCACUGAGUCGGAGUCAGAUGCGUGACUGGCUCGUAACUGAGCUUGUUGCAAAGGCUGAGGGGGUCUUUCUCUGGCUCUGUCUGACGGCCAAAACGGUCAUGGAGGCUCUCUGGCAAGGCGAGACGGUUACCGAUCUGCAACACCGAAUCGACAGCCUACCCACCGACCUUACCCAACUAUACGCCGAUAUGUGGGCCAGGGCAAAUGGUGACAGCGAGCGUCCUCAGCAUCAGAAACGAGCUGUUCUAUACUUCCAUCUGGCCAUCAAACCUGAAAGAAUGUAUAAAGACCGCUUGAGUCUGACGAUUGGUACAACCGAUGGCAUGGCCAACCUGAUUCGAUACUGCGACCCGGACGAGCCCGGAUUCGCGACACGGCUAGUUGAAUCAUGCAAGGCCAAAAUGCGGGAUAUUGAAGUCAGAUGUGCUGGUCUCCUCAAAAUCAACCCGAUUCCGGAAAGAAAUCUCCCCUCUAUGCUUCAGCCAUGGUAUGGCAAGGAGUACUGCGACCUGAUUCCUUACGCUGAGGAAGCGCCUUACCCACCGCUGUUCGAGUUCGUCCACCGGACUGCCCAUGACUUCCUGACGGACACGGUGGAAGGCUUAAAGAUACUGAGAAAGUACAAGAUCUCACACUGGCGUCUUCGCCAGAGGUUUGUGGCAGCGCGCCUGGCAGCCUGCCGGUUGUUGCGAAGUGCCCCGGCUAUCAAAUAUUGCUUUCUGAAAGAAUUCGUGCAUCGUGAGGAUUACAAUAGCCUUCGGCGCCAUUUGGCAUCAAUCAGCCGGCUACUUGAUACUCUACCCGAGGGAGAUGAAGAAAAUGCGAUAGGCGAGUGUUAUGAACUCCUCGGCUUUUGUGAGCAGCUCUUCGAAUCUGGCCAGCUUUUCGGAGACGCCAGAACGCCCGCCCAUGACGAGGAUUUCCAGGAAGUGGGGCCGGAGUCGGAUUAUUUUGCUUAUCAGACACGGUAUGAAGUAGUUGUCAAGCGGGACAAUGAGUUCCUCCUCGAGGCGGCAUCGAUCAACCUCAACAUCUGGCCCUUGAUCUUGGCCAAGGUCCAGUCUCUGGAAUUGAACACGCUGACACUCUCCGAACUUCUGCUGCACGUUUGCAACAUCACGGAUUUUGACCAGGAGGAUGUUUUCUGGGCCAGGGAUCUGUGGGAUUGGAAUGAAUUACAUUUGGAGUGGGAAGAUGGCGAGUAUUACUCUUACCGCUUGGGCAUCGACUGUCGUCUAAGGCUCGCCAGGCUACUGCUGGAACGGGGCGCCGAUCCUUCACGCAAAGGGCCACGAAGGAUAUAUAAGCAUGGCGAUUACGGUAGAACUGACCAGGUGCACGUCCUUGAGACACCUCUCAAAGGUCUCAUCUCCAGUGUCUGGCGCCUGGACCGUAAUACGGGCAUAAUGGACGAGAAUCUGGCCAGAUAUUUCAUUGCCCUUAUUCGACUCUUGAUGUCGAACGGGGCUGAUCCCGCCGGAGAGGAGUUCAGAGUCACCUAUCAGGUCAUAGACGGACGCCUGUUCGAGAGGCCACUCGGUUUUGAAUCUGAAGCCUGGCGCGGGAAAACUCCGGUGGGGGGAAUCGAGGAUAUGUGGUUCGUCCUAGCUUAUCCACUCUCGACGAUACUUGUUCGAAUGCUCUGGAAUUGGAAAGACCGGUUUCCGGAGAUCGACACGUUUCUUGAAGCUCAAGACACCAGUCAGGACGGGAAGCUGGGGCAUGUGAUUCUCAUGCUACGCCCCGCACGAAUGUGCUUUGUGGAGGCAGGGGAGGAGCGUGAAGAGGGGCUUGCGGAGGAGCUGCAGUGGGUGGCACGAAGUGCCGAGGGAAUACUCUCGGCCCAUGAUCUAGACUCUCGCUCAGUGCCUGUUCCUCUUGAGAUACAACAUGCGCUGUCUCGGGCUCUUGACCGACGGCAUCCAAAGGCGGGAGAGAAAUCGCAGGCCUCGCGGCGGCUCUUCAAUGUGUUUCAAAGGGCUGGCAUGACUUCAAUAUACUGCGGGAAAUGGGAGGACGGAUGUCCCUAUAUGAGCAAGUAUCUGUUGGCCAACUGA